AUGCGUAGUAACUCAUUUUUCCUAGGUAUUUUACUUAUUAGAAUAAUUAUUUUAAUUUUUAUUUUUGUUUCUUCUGUUUUAAUUCUUGUUGGACCAGGUUUAUGUUAUCAAGAUACAUUUUUUGGAUAUAAUUAUGAUUGUAUAAAUUUUACUGUAGAUGCCUGGAGAUGGGUUAAUAAUUUUGUUUAUUUUCAAAUACCUAUAAUUUUACUUCCUUUUUGUAUGGGAGCAAUUUCUUUAGUUGUUAUUGCUUCUACAAAAUGUUGUGAUUGCCAUCUUUCAAGAAUGGGACAUUUAAUUAUUGCUGGAACAGGAAUAGUUGUUUAUUUAAUUGCAGGAAUUUUAGAAACUGUAAUAUAUUUUAAUAUUCCAGAUGAUUAUGAUUAUUAUGAUACUUUAAAUUGGUUUAAUACAUCAAGUAAUAAUUAUGUUAGAGGAUACCUUGCUUCAGCUGUCUUUCUUUUUUUAUCAGCAAUCUUAUCAAUGGUUGAUACAGCUUUAGUUGGUGCAAGAAAAGUUUAUUUUGAAGAACAUUGGCAUUGA